AAUUCAUAUAGUAAACAGAUGCAGUGUGAGCGGAUUCAAAACCUCGAUUCUGAAAAUUAACACUAAAGAUAAAUAAAUUCAAAUGUAGAAAAAACCCAGUGAAAAAAAACAUGUCGAUAUUAAUCAAAAGUUUACAACGACUGAAAAUAAUCGUCGAUCACCGUCAAUCGUUUAAUAUUUUUCGAUCGUAUAGUUUCACAUUCAAUGAACAAUUUACCUACAAUGAGCAAAAUUACAUGCGAAAGGUGCUGAAAAGAACCAGUGGCUGUAUUUUAUUUGAUCCAUCAAAGAAUUUGAAAUAUCUCGUGUCGCCAAAAGAAUUUAGUGAAGGGAAUCAAACGAUGUUCAAUCUCGUAUCAGCUGUGAAAAAAGUGAAUACUCAUCAUCGGUCGGAUUUGGAAUACAGUCAGAAAUUGUUGGCCCCAUUGAAUGAUCAGUGUUUGGAGAAUUAUAAAGCAUGGCCAAUCAAUGAGCAGCUCUUUGCAUUGGAUGUUUGGCAUUUUGUGAGAGGCGGCAAAGAUUUUCCAUUUUUCGAAGCAGUUCUUACCAAUUUUCUGAAAGCGUUCUAUGGCCUAGAGGAUGGGCCUGCAUUACAAACUAUGUAUUAUGUGGCACGAUCAAAACGACAAUUGCAACCGAACGAAGAAGUGGUGGUCACGAAAAAGUUGGAAGAAAUCAUCAGUAGUUUAACGCUGGACGAAAUUUCCAUUUAUUGUUUAGCGUUAGUCAAAAGCGGAUGUCAAGUGGAUAGCGUGAGCCUAGUAAAAUCAUUGUAUGAAUCUUUAAUGAAGAGUGAUUUACGGCAUCACGAUGACAUUGGUGUGACUGGUGUUGUGAAAGCCGUUCGACGAUUCUCAACCACCGAUCAAUUACCCGAAUUGAAAGACCUUCAGAACAAACUUGUGCCAUUUGCCGAGCAAGCUAGCCUACUAGCCCUCACACACAUCAUUCAAUUGGGUGCUAAACAACGUGUUUUCAAUGCACAACUUAUCGAUGUGAUCAUCAGACGAUUCUUACAGAACUUGGACAAUUUACGAAUCAAAGAUGUGGAACGAGCACUGUUGGCAAUUUCAACGUUCAAUCACAAAACCAACAAUGGCAUUGACAAACAGUUUUGUGACCAGGCUCAAGUGUAUUUACUCAUGUCACUUGAUACUAAAUUCGCGGACUCGUUGAUCCGGUGCAUUUCAUAUUUAGCGGUUUUCGGCGUUGUAGAUGCAAGACUAAUUGACUGGGCAUUGAGUCCGGAAGUACAUGCGCAUGUGUAUGGCGAAUCGAUUAGUGCUGAUGAACAUGCAUUAUUGCUGAUUGAUUCAUAUGCAAAGAUCAAUUUGGCACACACCUAUACGGGGAAUAGGUUGCCGGAGAGUUUGUGCGCUGAACUGAUGUUAAAAGUAUGCGAAGCUGAGGUUGCCGGUCAAAAAUCAGAAUUGGCAAAUGAAAUCAGUGAUGUGCUUAGGACGAAUGGAAUUCAUUGCAUAUCAUCUAGACCAAUUCCACAUGUUCCAUUCCCCGACAUAUUUCUUGUUUACAACAAACGAACGCACAAAGCGAUUAGCAUCUUGAAUGCGAACGCUGAUGGAACCAUACUCGAUGCUAACAGUCUAUACAAAAACAAUCCAAACCUAGAGGCAAUCGCAAUAAUUCCAUGCUUGCAACGUCAACUGGUAUUUAAUACAAAUCGCUACAAUGGCCAAUUUCAGCUCCGAUUAGAUCAACUGCGGAUGUUAGGAUUCAAAACGAUUGUGAUAAAAAAGACAAUUUGGAACUGCUAUAAAUCUCCAGAAGCGAAGCGCAGAUACUUAGCCCUGGAACUCUGUAGAAAUGACGUAUUUUUGCUGAAUAAAGUUGUAAAUUUCGUGUUCAAAUCGAAACCAGGAGAAUAACUACUAGACUGUUGGAUAAAUGUUCAAUUGACUUUUUAUUCCUUUGAAUCAAAUUGUUUAACAAUCAAAAUGAAGAAAAAAAUUAAACUUGUUUAGUAAUAAAUUGGAAUAUUCUUUUCCGAAAACAAAAA